AUGGACAGUAGUGUGAGUGAUAAGAUGCCAAGAAGCUUAGAAUUUGAUGUAUGCCGGGCUGUCUCUACCAAUUCAGACCAGAUUCAUGAAGUGACUAAAAUCAAUCUUGAUCAGCUAUCUAAUUUAGAACGGGAUGAUUUAGAAGAUCAGUGUAAAAGCACGUCCUCUGAGUUAGACGAACAAUCUUAUUCAUAUUCGACACCUCCAAGGAACCACCUAAGGACUAGUUUAUUGCAUUCGACUUCUUUUGUGGAGGUUUCCCGAUCAAACUUUAGUCCUUCGCCCCAGGUGCAAAAAGUUUUGGACCAUUGCUUCACGGCACCUGUGCACAGAAAGCUCUUUCUUGAGGGCCAAGAUGUCUCGCCUAUGAGGCCUUUGACCGAGAGAAGGGGUAGCCCGAUGCCUUCCCGGAAGUUGGAUAGACUUUCAGAAAGCGAGAAGAAAAAUUUAAUUGUGAACUUAGUGAAGAUCCAAAAAGACGGGACGGUGGAGGUUGAUCUCACUCAGGAUUCUCCAGUAGCUUCCGAGCUAUUGGAGUUCCAUCCAGUUGAUGAAUUUUUUUCUAGUGUUGAUUAUAUCACGACCGAUCACAACAAGUCUAUUCCAAAACUAAAGAUUGCCAUGCUUGUAGUUGGAACUAGAGGAGAUGUGCAGCCCUUCCUAGCCGUGGCAAGGAGACUACAGGAAUAUGGUCAUCAUGUAAGGUUGGCAACUCAUUCCAACUUCCGUGGAUUUGUGAAAGCAGCUGGUGUAGAUUUUUACCCUCUCGGGGGUGAUCCUCGUGUUUUGGCUGGAUAUAUGGCCAGAAAUAAAGGCUUAAUUCCAUCAGCACCGGGAGAAAUUUCUGUUCAAAGGAAACAAAUAAAGGCGAUUAUUGAAUCUCUCCUUCCAGCAUGCACAGAGCCAGAUCCAAUAACCGGCGAACUUUUCAGGGCUCAGGCAAUCAUUGCAAAUCCUCCUGCUUAUGGGCAUGCACACAUAGCUGAAGCUCUUGGUGUUCCUCUGCACAUCUUCUUCACAAUGCCUUGGACGCCUACGUAUGAUUUUCCUCAUCCAUUGGCACGUGUGCCUCAAAGUGCAGGAAACUGGCUCUCCUAUAUUCUUGUGGAUUUACUGAUUUGGUGGGGCAUAAGAGGACAUAUAAAUAACUUUAGGAAGAAUAAGCUGAAACUUUCCCCUAUUGCAUACUUCAGCACUUACCACGGCUCGAUUUCUCAUCUCCCAACAGGAUAUAUGUGGAGUCCUCAUGUCGUGCCAAAGCCGAAGGACUGGGGCCCACUGGUUGAUGUUGUUGGUUACUGCUUUUUGAAUCUUGGGUCUCGGUACCAACCGCCCGAUGAAUUUGUUCAGUGGAUCGAAAACGGAACUCAACCUAUUUACAUUGGAUUUGGAAGCAUGCCUCUGGAGGAUUCGAACAAAACCACGAAUAUCAUUUUGGAAGCAUUAAAGAACACGGGACAAAGAGGAAUAAUCGAUCGGGGGUGGGGAGAACUUGGCACGCCAACUGGACUAAAAGCCGGGUGCCCAACAACCAUUGUGCCGUUUUUCGGGGAUCAGUUUUUUUGGGGAGAGAGAAUACAUCAGAAAGGGCUGGGACCCGCCCCGAUUCCCAUAUCGCAACUUAGCGUCGAUUCCCUUUCUGAAGCUAUAACAUUCAUGCUCCAGCCUGAGGUAAAAUCUCGAGCGAUGGAAAUAGCCACGUGUAUACAGAAGGAAGAUGGCGUGGGGGCUGCAGUAGAUGCGUUUCACUGCCAUUUGCCGCCAGAGGUCCCUUUGACGACAACGCCACCUUCGGAGAAAUAUGACAGCCCAAAUCCUCUGCAGUGGAUUUUCCUUCAGAUUGGGAGAGUUUGCAGCUUAGCUUGUGGUUCUUAA